GUGCAUGACGUGGUUUACACUUCGAGUAUGAAAAGGCAGGCUUUGCCCCGUCAGCCAGAGAGCGUAGUAGCGCUGCCCGGGUCAGAUGUGUCUUUCAGGGCCCCCUCUGCAGUAAAAGACCCCCACUGGCCGUACGCAGAGGAUCUGGAAGAGUCGUCUGGCAUGAUGGAGAGACUACUGAGAAAGUGUAGAGUCCAGAAUCAGCUGGUGAGGGAGUGCCUGGCGGAAUGCCUUGGAGUCUACAUCCUGAUUCUGUUUGGCUGUGGCUCCGUUGCCCAGGUGACAACCACGGAGGACCAGAAGGGCCAGUACCUCUCCAUAAACCUGGGCUUCGCUCUGGGGACCUGCUUCGGGGUCUUCGUCUCCCGGGGGGUGUCAGGUGCUCACCUCAACCCCGCCGUGUCUCUGAGUCUGUGCUUUCUGGGCAGGCAUCCGUGGAUCAAGCUCCCCUUCUACGUCUUCUUCCAGGUCUUCGGCGCCUUCCUGGCGGCCGCCACGGUCGCCCUUCAGUACUAUGAGGCGAUCCUGUUAUUCGGCAAUGGUCAACUGCUGGUCACGGGUCCCAGGGCGACGGCGGGAAUAUUCUCCACCUAUCCCGCCGGCUACCUCAGUCUGUGGGGGGGCAUCGUGGACCAGGUGAUCGGCACGGCGGUGUUGCAGGUGUGUGUCCUGGCUCUGGGGGACGCUAGGAACUCCCCCGCGCCGCCCGGCUCGGAGCCCGUGAUGGUGGGCGCGGUGGUGCUAGUCAUCGGGGUCUCGAUGGGCUCCAACAGCGGCUACGCCAUCAACCCCGCCAGGGACAUCGGACCACGUCUGUUCACCUACGUCGCCGGCUGGGGAGCCGAGGUCUUCCAGGCUGGAGGUGGCUGGUGGUGGGUGCCCCUCGUGGCCCCGUGCCUCGGGGCUCUGCUUGGAUCCCUGAUCUAUGAGCUGUUCAUUGAGGUGCAUCACCCGGCAGACCAUACCCUGGAUCAGGGGGCCGCAGAGGGGACCAAGGCUCUGGAGCUGGUCGACUCUGUCUCUGACCCGCCAAUGAACAACAAGGGAACCUCGUAAUGGUCACUGAUGUCUUACACCCUUGAGGUGGUCCCAAUGGGUGACUGCUGCAGCUUCUGGAAACACGGUGGUGAAUUUAAGCUUGGUAGGCCUAAUUGUAUAUCUUUGUACAUGUAUAUGACCAUGAUAAACAACUUGUUGCCUUGUGGUAAUGAAUAGUGAUGCAAUGGGUGAUAUAUUUGAAUACGUCCAUGAUCGGUCUAAUAGACGGGUGUUUUGCAUCAGCGCCUAACCGGCGCGUGACUGGUGGUUAACCAGACCAGUUGAUGAAGGGUGAUGCUGUUAAAGGCACACAAAGUCACCAAGAUGAGUUUGGUUCUGCUGUAAGUAUAGAUCAUUAAAAAAUGUACGAUUUGAGAAACCAGCAAGUCUUUUCUCUUUCACACAUUUAUUUUCGAAACAGCACAAAAGUGUAUGGCAUUUCAGCAAGCAGACCACAACCAUGGGAAAGGAAAGGACAAUGAGUUCUCCACUAUUGGGUUAUAUAAAUAUGAUAUGACAUAAAAAGAUACAAAAAAUAUCCAUCCAUAGGCCUCCUUCAGGUCCUAAAGGAGGUUGUUUCACAACAUAUAAAAAAAAAGUAAAGUGAAUACAGCAAGCACUGAUUUUGUAGAUUUGAAAAAUAAAAAAAUGUCUCAAGAUGA